AGCCAGCAAAGCUACAGCGGAGGCAGAGAAACAUUGAGAACCGAGCAGACGGAAAAGGGAAGGGUACAUUUUGAUAAAUCCAUCUUCAUCCUUUACAAAUUAUGAAAGGAUGUGUUUUAAAAUAGCAAGAGCAUAAAGUGCACACCUAAACCUCUCCAGGAAACCCCGUAUUGUGUUUUUUGGAAUUUCGGAAUGUUUUAAAACGAUUGGUGAAAACUGGAGAAUCUCUGGCAGUAUUAGCAAGCUAGCCAUAUAUUAAAAGAAGGGGACUCUUGAAGAUAUACUGGAUGAGAGGCAUUGAAUAGACGUGUCUAAAAAUUUGAGUGCGUUUGGAACAGCAACGAAGAGAAGCCGAUAGAUCGUUUUUCUUUUUGUACAAGAGCUAGCUACAUUGCUAGCUAUUAAUUUUCGCCAAAAUGGAAUUGAGAGUGGGAAACCGAUACAGACUUGGUAGGAAAAUCGGAAGUGGAUCAUUUGGAGACAUCUAUUUGGGUACGGACAUUUCGGUGGGGGAGGAGGUCGCCAUCAAGUUGGAAUGCGUGAAGACGAAGCACCCCCAGCUCCACAUCGAGAGCAAGAUCUACAAGAUGAUGCAGGGUGGAGUGGGCAUCCCCACCAUAAAGUGGUGCGGGGCCGAGGGCGACUACAAUGUGAUGGUCAUGGAGCUCCUUGGGCCGAGCCUGGAGGAUCUCUUCAACUUCUGCUCCCGUAAAUUCAGCCUGAAGACCGUGCUGCUGCUAGCUGACCAGAUGAUCAGCCGCAUCGAGUACAUCCACUCCAAGAACUUCAUCCACAGAGACGUGAAGCCAGACAACUUCCUCAUGGGUCUGGGCAAGAAGGGCAACCUGGUCUACAUCAUCGACUUCGGCCUGGCCAAGAAGUACCGUGACGCCCGCACCCACCAGCACAUCCCCUACCGCGAGAACAAGAACCUCACUGGCACCGCCCGCUACGCCUCUAUUAACACCCACCUGGGCAUCGAGCAGUCCCGACGUGAUGACCUGGAGUCUCUGGGCUACGUGCUCAUGUACUUUAACCUGGGCUCACUGCCCUGGCAGGGCCUCAAGGCUGCCACCAAGAGGCAGAAGUACGAGCGCAUCAGCGAGAAAAAGAUGUCCACGCCCAUCGAAGUCCUGUGCAAAGGAUACCCCUCGGAGUUUGCCACGUACCUCAACUUUUGCCGCUCGUUGCGCUUCGACGACAAGCCCGAUUACUCGUACCUGAGACAGCUGUUCAGAAACCUCUUCCACAGACAGGGCUUCUCCUACGACUACGUGUUCGACUGGAACAUGCUCAAAUUUGGAGCGAACCGUGCAGCGGAGGACGCAGAACGUGAGAGGAGGGACCGUGAGGACCGGCUGAGGCACGGUAGGAACCCGGCAGCACGCGGAAUGCCAUCGGCCUCAGGCCGACCCCGCGCCACGCAAGAUGUGCCACCCCCCACGCCACUCACGCCCACCUCACACACAGGCAUGGAACGGGAGAGGAAGGUGAGCAUGAGGCUUCACCGCGGCGCUCCCGUCAAUAUCUCAUCCUCAGACCUGACGGGUCGACAGGACACCUCGCGCAUGUCCACUUCACAGGCUCUGUCGCGCGUCACUCCCAGCGGCCUGCAGUCUGCGGUACCUCGAUGAGACCCCACCCCUCCUCUUACCCUCUGCGUCCCCAGCACCCCACCUACCCUACCCCUUCACGUGACACCGAGGGCAACACCACCUUGAUGGCCCGACCACCUUGACCAGGACUUCCAGCAGCUGACAAGGAUCUGUUGCAGGAAAGACAACAACAUAAAAGGAAAACAACAAAAAAAACAACAACGAUGACACAAAAACAACAAAAAGUGAAUACAUACAUACUCACACACUCAGAAACACAACCAUGAAUCUGCAAUUCAAGCCAGUCAAGAGCCAGAGACUUUGAGGAGUCUCACCUUUUCCUCUGAACGCCGCUCCGUCUAGCCAUGCGUCUUUCUAGCCCCUUAUGGUGGGGAACACGAACAAGACUUGUGUGCGCUUCAUGCGCUCCCUCCCACACACACACACACACACACACACACACACACACACACACACACACACACACACACACACACACACAAACAUCCCCACACACACUUUACACAUUUGUUUUAGCUCCACUGCUCUUUGCCUGAGCCUCGCCCAUCGUGUAGGUGGAUGUCCGGUGGCCGUCGUUGCCUUUGCCACCCUGGCAUACGCUAAGAGGAGGUGCCCUCCUCCGUCAGUGGGGCUGUCCCACUACCCCAACCCCUGUCCUCCCGUAACCUCAAAAUAAACCCCAGCGAUGGAGCGCCGCCACGCUAGCGACCCUCUGUUUUCUUUAUCUCUCGCCCCGUGGCCCAUGUUACCCUGCUCUUGGCCUUCUCCCAGAUGCAGGAGCUGUUGGCUCUCUGGAGCUCUGGAGGGCUUGGAAGAGCUUGGGACCGCUGCUCCAAUCAAUGGCUGUUCUUUUCAACCCUAUUCUCUCCCUGCUGCUUUGUGUUGUAUCGAAGGAGAAAUUCAGUUUCAACCUGCCGUUUGCUUGGAUAGAAGCCUCUUUUUUGGGGGUGGGCGCUAACUUCGGGUUUAAUUUGUGUGUUGAUUUGGAACCGUGAGCUCCAGGCUUGAGACUGUCUGAUAUCCCUGCAGCGCCAGUAUGAUAUGUGAGGGGACAGGUGAGAAUGCCAACCCUAAAACGCCUGUAUGCCACACUUAAGUGCAGUGGAUCCUUCAGCAAAACUUUUUUUUUUAUGUAUGUAAAAGGGGGACACCACCUAAAAAGCUGCCGUUUCCUUAUUCUUAGAGUCAGCUGUGUUGUUCCACUACCUUAUUUCUCUUUCUCUGUUUGUGAAGUGAUGGGGUACCCCAUCGUUAGCGGCUGGUUGUCCUGCUCCAGGGCUGGUGAGCGAUCACAAGGCUUCUCCUAAAUGUUCUUAACGCUGUUGGAAAGCUGUGAAAUGCCUGCAUUGUAGAGAUGUCAAAUAUUGAUGAUUUCUUUUUUCCCUUUUUUUUUUUUUUUUUUUUUUUUUUUUUUUAAAAUGUUUUUUAAUGACUGGUUUUAAUCCUACACUGAUUUCCCCCGCGUCCCUGUGGAGGGCUUCAAGUGCUCUGGGGAGGUGAGCCUCACAGCAGGAGUGGAACAGCCCUCACUCCCUGCUGUCUGUCUCCAUGACGACCCCUGUGGUUGGAGGAUGCUCAGCACCUCAGCUUGGUCUGAAGUCACUUUGUUCCCAAGGGCUCGCUUGCUCUCUCUGUCUCUCUCUCUACCUACCGAUCUCUUUCUCUCCCUCCCUUUCACUCUUUCUCUCCUUCUCUCUCUCUCUCUCUGAAUCCUUCUGAUUAUAUUUGUCUAUUGUUUGUCCUGUUUCUCCUUUCUCUUUGCCGUUGAUUCUUCUCUAUCUUGUUUCCCUCUGAGUGCUUCACGGGGUCUGUUCGUUGAGCAGUGAUGACUGUGUGCCAGCCAUCAGCUGUCAUUAAAAAGCCAUGUUUAUUCUUGAAUCAGCCUCAUUUUCUUUGGGAGGGAGGGAGGGAUUUUAUUUUAUUUUUAAAACCUAUAUUUUAAACAAGACUUUUUGGGUUAUUUUGGGGUUGGAUUUUCGUUUGUUUUUAAAAGCAUAAUCAAUUUAUUACAAUGGCUUUUGUUUAAUUAUAAUUUUUCUUAAAUUCCUUCCAAAUCUGUAGCUCCUGGACUACCUGGUCCUGGAGUCCUAACAGAGCAGAAACGGCUGACUUUGCCACGUCAUAUCAUUCAGCCUAUUAGAGCAUUAGAUUUUUUUCUUGUAGUCUGUGUGGGGGGGAAGGGAAGUAUAGUGGUGAAAAACUUUUUUCAGUUCUGUUGUCGUGUAUAUAGGAUGUUUCUAGUGAUGGCGAAAGCUCCAUUUUUACAUAGCCUCUUGUCUGUCUCUGUAGUGCGAGAGUGCUGAAGGAAAGGUUAGUGCUUAGCGGGGCGAUGUGUGAACUAGUUCUUUUCACUUCUGGUGGUCUUGAAAAAUACAAAAAACACCAAAAAAAAGAAAACCUUUGAAAAAAUACAAAAAGGUCACAAAACUCAAUUUGGGGAUGGUCUCUUCCUGGUGUCAGUUACACUUUAGAGUGUAGAAGGAAAAAAAAGACAAGUACACUUUGUAUGGGAUCAACCAACUGUCUUUAUUUUUUUUUCUGUUAUUGAAUUGAACGUUUUCAUGACCUGGUUUCAUUCGGUCUGUGACUGCAGAGCUGGUCACGGCAUCAUGCCACAUGUCACAUCACACUGUGCUUAUCAAUCUCUCUCAAAUGGAAUUAUGGGAAAUCUUCUUGCCCUGUAAGAUUGUUUCUCCUCAUUUGUAUUGCCACUGUAUUUGUGUAUUUUAAAUUGUGUAAAUAAAUUAAUAAGUACUUGUA